AAGGACGCAGGAACAAACAUCCUAAUAACUUCUCCCAUAAUUGACAGAAAAGGAUGCAAAGCCUUGGACGAUACUCAAAACGAUUUCUCUUGUCCAGGAAAACACAGCCGAUUCAAUUCUCGCGUACCCUAACUUCGGCUAAGCCGAAUGACACUUUACAUAGUCGCGUCAUGGCGGUGGACAACAGGUUCUUCAACUUCCUAUGGAGGGUUAAGGUUACACCUGUGCUGAACGAGUGGCUGAGACAAGGCAAUGAAAUAAACCCUACGGAUCUUAGAUCCGUCAUCAAAGCUCUCUGCGAGUCUCGGCGAUUCGAUCACGCCCUCCAGGUUUCAGAGUGGAUAACUAAACGAGGGGUGUUCGAGCUAAGCACUGAAGAUUUUGCAUCUCGGCUUUAUCUUAUUGAUAUCCAUUCAGGGUUGAGCGAAGCAGAGAAGUUCUUCAAAACCAUUCCUGAGAACAUGAAAGACGACUUAGUCUACACCACUCUCUUAAGCUUCUACACAAAGUCUAAGAAAACACGGCACGAAGCCGAAGCCACUUACCAAAAGAUGAGGGAGAAAAGUCUGCUCUUCAAACCUUACCCUUACUACAAGAUGAUCUCUCUAUACGGCCUUCUUGGAGAAACAAACAUGGUCGACGAGAUUCUGAGGCAGAUGGAGGAGAACGGAGUUGUCCAUGACAAGACUCUCACGAACAAUAGCGUUUUGAAGGCUUACGCGAGUGCACCUGACGUGGAGGCAAUGGAGAAGUAUCUGAAAAGAAUAGAAGACGAAACGCCACCGUUUGCAUUGGCUUGGCAAACGGGAAUAAGCAUGGCAAGGGCUUAUUUAAAAUGCGGUUCAAAUAGAAAAGCGAUAGAGAUGUUGCGUAAAACAGAACAAGUUGUUGAUGCAAAGUCGAACGACGCAACCCACAGCCACAAGGUGCUAAUGGAGAUGUAUGGGGAGGCUGGAGCUAAACAAGAUGAGUUCCGUCUCUAUUGUCGUAUCAAUGCUAAGCAGAGACAGAGAAAGGGAGCAUAUCGAAGCAAAGGAAGUGGUGGUGGACGAAGCUCUCACCACCCAGGAUAUUACUAUGGUGGAUGUGGCGGUGGCUGUGGUGUUGGGGGUGGUAGCCGCGCUGAUGAUUACGGUGGUGUGGAUCGUAGGCGCGCUGAUGAUGUCGAUGGUGGUGGUGUCGGCAUUGAUAGUGACGAUGGCAUUGGCCGUGGCAGUGGCGGUGGAUGUGGUGGUGGUGGUGGUGGAUGUGGUGGUGGGUGUGGUGGUGGAUGUGGUGGAUGUGGUAGCUGGGAUUGA